CAAUCAAAAUCUACUUUUAACAACCUCAUUUCUGGUCUUCCUCUUCUCUUCAGCUUCUUCUUUUCCUCAAAUCUCUGUUUGUUUUCUCUGAAAUGGGUGCCAAGGCCAACCUCUCUCUCCUUUUCCAUGUUUCUCUCUUCUUCUUCCUCUUCUCUUCCAAAACCCAUCUUUCCAUGGCAGCUGACAGACUCUCUCCAGGCGAAUCUCUCACCGGAAACCAGACCAUAACCUCCAGCGGUGACAGAUUUGUAUUGGGUUUCUUCACACCAGGUAAUUCUUCAAACUACUACAUAGGAAUCUGGUACAAGAAGGUCUCUAUCCAAACGGUCAUUUGGGUAGCAAACAGAGAAACACCUCUUCCCAACACUUCAUCCCAAUUAAAACUCACAGAAGAUGGAAAUCUAGUCCUCUUCAACCAAUUAAACACCCUAAUUUGGUCUUCGAAUUCAACCUCUGCAAACCCAAAUUCAACAGUUCUAGUUCUUCUCGACACCGGAAAUCUUGUUUUGAGAGAUGGGUCGAAUUCGACUGCCGAAAUUUGGCAGAGUUUUGACCAUCCAACUGAUACUUGGAUGCCUACUGGAAAGGUUGGAUUGAAUAAAAUCACGGGCGUGAAUCAACGCCUUGUUUCGUGGCGGAGUAAAGAUGAUCCCGCACCCGGGCCUUUUUCUCUUGAAAUAAACCCAAAUCUAACCAAUGAGUACCUUAUUCUGUGGAAUAGUACUAGACAGUAUUGGACCAGUGGGGCGUGGAAUGGGCAGAUUUUCAGCUUGGUUCCUGAAAUGAGAGUGUCAUAUAUCUAUAAUUUCAGCUUUCAAGAUGAUAAGAAUGGGAAGUAUUUCAUAUAUUCGGUGUAUGAUACUACGAUUCUUUCGAGAUUUGUAAUGCACACCUCAGGGCAAAUCAAGCAAAUGACAUGGUUAGAGACUGGUAAAAGUUGGAAUUUGUUUUGGUCUCAACCGAGAGCUCAAUGCGAUGUUUAUUCUCUCUGUGGGGCCUUUGGUAGCUGCGAAGAGAAAGACCAGCCCUGUAACUGCGUGCAAGGCUUUCAGCCAAUGUCUGAGAAAGAUUGGAAUUUGAGCGAUUGGUCUCGCGGGUGUGGUAGAAAAACCAAGUUGCAAUGUGAGAGUAAUAGUUCUGUCAAUGGGGAAAAGGAUAGGUUUUGGGCUAUGCCAGAUAUGCAAUUGCCCGAAAAUCAACUGUCUUUGCCGGUCGGUAGCCGCCAAGAAUGUGAAUCAACUUGCUUAAGUAAUUGUUCUUGUAAUGCUUAUGCUUAUGUUAGUGGUUGCUUGAUUUGGAAUGGGAAUCUUAUGAAUCUGAGACAGCGCUCUGCGAGUGGUAGUAGUAGUGGGACUCUCUAUCUCCGUCUUGCGGCUUCUGAGUUUCCAAGUUCUAGCAGUAAGAAGGGAGUGAUUACUGGGGCUAUUGUCGGUGCUGUUGCUGGUGUAGCAAUCAUACUUGCCAUUGUUCUGCUGCUGAUUUGGAGAUGCCGAAGGAGACAGAUGAUUGUAUCUAUGAAGGCCACUGAAGGUUCCUUGGUGCCGUUUAGCUACCGAGCUAUGCAGAUUGUAACCAAGAACUUCUCAGAAAAAUUAGGGGGAGGAGGAUUUGGUUCUGUUUUUAAAGGGAUUUUGCCAGACUCGUCAGCCGUAGCCGUUAAGAAACUUGAAGGCCUUCGACAAGGAGAGAAGCAAUUCCGGACAGAGGUGAGCACGAUUGGGACAAUUCAACACGUCAAUCUCAUUCGCCUUCGUGGUUUUUGCUCAGAAGGUAGUAAAAGACUGCUGGUUUAUGAUUACAUGCCGAACGGUUCUUUAGAUUCUCAUCUGUUUCGAGACAAACCAGAGACUAUAGAUUGGAAAACAAGAUAUCAGAUUGCGCUUGGGACUGCUAGAGGGCUAGCUUAUCUGCAUGAGAAAUGCCGAGAUUGUAUUGUGCAUUGUGACAUCAAGCCAGAAAACAUACUUUUGGAUGCGACACUUUGUCCCAAGGUGGCGGAUUUCGGUUUGGCAAAGCUCAUUGGGCGGGAAUUCAGCCGGGUUUUGACUACCAUGAGAGGAACCAGAGGGUAUCUUGCACCAGAAUGGAUUUCGGGCUUGGCCAUCACGGCGAAAGCUGAUGUCUAUAGCUAUGGGAUGAUGCUUUUUGAGAUCAUAUCGGGUAGAAGGAAUUUCGAGCAAUCGGAUGAUGGGAAGAUUGCAUUCUUCCCGACUUGGGCUGCAAACAAAAUGUUAGAAGGUGAAUUUCUACCCUUGCUGGAUCCAAGAUUGGAGGGUAUUGCUGAGAUGGAAGAGCUUGUUAAAGCUUGCAGAGUUGCAUGCUGGUGCAUUCAAGAUGAUGAGAAUGAUAGGCCGUCGAUGGGGCUCGUUGUUCAAAUCUUUGAGGGUGUUUUGGAUGUGAAUAUGCCUCCGGUUCCACGGUCGCUUCAGAUUUUUGUCGAAAAUCAGAACAUGAUGCUCUCCACGGAGUCAUCGUCGGCUCCAAGUUCUCAGGCUCGGAGUAAUACUUCUACCAGCACUCAAUCUAAAAGCACGUUGUCGACGAGUUCUAAGGGAGAAUUAGCAGGUUCUAAUCUGCCAGGAUGUGAUUAGUGUCAUAAGUCAUGUGGCCUAUUAUUUAUACUAGUGGAGCCCAUGGUUGGGAGAUCGAGAUCGUUGGUCUGAUUGGCACCACUGCAGAUGGGGGAUGCUUGAAAAACCUCAAAGCUUGAAAAAUUCCAACUCCUCUGAUCAGUAAUCCAAGCUAGGAUAUUCUAAUGUGGAAGAUUUUCGGCGAACCCAAAUGCCUGAAUCCAGCAUAUGACAAUCAUAUCAACAACUUUGAUCAUCAAACCAUGGCUCCCACCUGCAAUGAAUGGCAAUAUCAGGAGAAUAUUCAUGUGUUAUUCUUCUCUAAGUAGUGAAAAUCAGUUGGUACUUUUCAACUAGUAACAUGCUCAAGUAAUAAAAAAUUCUGCCUUUUGGAUUGUAGUACUCAAGCUGUAGUUUUUCAGUAUUUGUAGUUCCUCUGGGAAGUAGACUACUUGGGAGCUUGUUUUAGACCACAGAGUCUGUUCUGUAUGAAAGCUUGAGCUUUCGAAUUCUGUCUUUCGUUUUUGGAAGCUCGAGCUUUCGAGUCCACAAGUCUGUUA